AUGCCAAAAAAGUAUGACCCAAACGCUUUAUGGGUGGCGCUUAGUGAAAAUAAUGAUGGUAAUCUCUUCAACGUUUACCCUAAGUUGUUGGCUGAGAUACUCCUUCAAGAAGAUGCAGCACGUCAGUGUGGUGAUUCAAGUGAAGCUGAGCGUCUCGUUCUACCGAGUGACAAAGAAGAAGGAGAUGAGGACAAAACGGUCGAAAAAACGGAGGAGGUGGUCGAGGAAUGGGCGCCUUGGUACCUGGUCCUCGUCACCAAAAACCCCAACGCCCCACCACCAGUUAAUGUGAAGGCUACUCCUGGACCCGCCUGGGAUAUUGGACAGGUCCUGAAAGCAGCAAAACUUCUCUGCAAACCUCCCCUUGAUGUGAACUUCGCUGACGAACAGGAAAUGAGAUGCGUCUAUUCUCUUAUCUACGACGUAUUCCGAUACAAAUCAAUAUUGGAUCAGGCGAUUGAAGACACCGAUUUUUUCGGAGAUUAUCCACAGCUCUCCGAUCACCGCCAUUCAACUUGGUUGUUUCUGAUGGAGCUGGCUAGAAGGCAAUGGGUCGCCCGGUCGAGGGGAGAAACCGAUAGAGCAACGAAACUCCUCAACGAAGCCGGCUUCCCUUUCAAAGACGUGGAAGCAGCUGUGUGGGACCAGCGAGUACAUUUCGCAGCUGCCAUUGCCAGAAUAAGAAUAAAAAAUAGAGCCUUUUCUCUAUCGGCUCUUCUGCCUCCUCAUCUGCGAGAGGAAAGGAUAUCCGCGUGCGUUAACAAAGACGUCGUCACAGGCUGGGUUAAUACAUUUAAAGCGAAAAAAGUUGCAGCACUAGUCGAGAGAUUGCACGAGUUGGGAUACUCGUAUAGCAAUUCACGUCAACUUUGUGCUGGUGAAUACAGAUUUGACAGAGUCUGUCCGCGAUUUAUAACCUUGAGACCGCCAGAAAAUGUUAGCAUCGGUCAGUUGGAUCUAGUUAAAGAUGGUAUUAUAGUUCUACAGGAGCGAGAGUUCUGUGAAGGAGCAUCAACUCUGUGUCGCGCACUGCGUGCUAACUCUCUCCGAGGUGUAGUUGCACAAACCCACGCGUCUUCGCCACGGUGCUCGGCCUACCUCGCUGCACAGCUCCGGGAACUGGCGGCUGUGCUGAGAGCACAGGCACCGCCUGCACCCGCUACACCUGAACUGGGCAAGCUGGUGGUGUUUGGGGCUGGGGAUAAAGUGAAGAGCUACGUUUGUGCGCUGCGGGACUUGGGUAUAGAAGCGUCCGAGCUGCCGCAGUCGAGUGCUUCGGUAUGCGUGUUGAGCGACCCCGUGCACUUUGACAACCCUAAAGUGGCGAGCGCAUUGGACGGCGUGGUGGCAGCCCUGGCUACACCACCGAACUCCUACUCUGCAGUUACUGAUCCCAUAGACUUGGUCUGCGGUAGAGGUGGCGACCUGGCUAUGCUAGAGAUAUUAACCGAGUCUGAAAUAGAUUCGAACGGAAAGGCUCGAGUUCAAUCUAUACUGGAGGAGCAAAAGAAAACUUUGAAGACGCUCAUGUCUAAACCUCAGAUUCAACUCAUUCUAUACGAGACGCACUCAGCAUUAGAAGCAGAGAACCAGGCUCAAGUGACACGUGCCGUGGCCGAGGCGAACAGACUGGCGCGCGAGAGACAUGCAUUACUAAAGAAGAAACAUAGAGAACACGUGGUACAUAAGCCCAAGGAGCCAGUGGAAACAGCUAUAACAGAAUCAUGUUCGUCGCUAGACCAAACAGCAUCACGAUCAGACCUCGACAGGGAGGAACAGGACGACGAAUACUCCACAAGCCGUUCCCAGAAAAGACCAAUGUCUUCCCCGCCAACAACAGCAAGAACCAAAUCGGACAGCGGAGAAACAAUAUUGAAGAAACGAGCAGAAAGUGCCGACGUUGGUUGGAGACUAGGAGCAAUGAAGUCAAGACCCAUACCAGAAAUGCAAGUCCCUGAAGACGAAGUGAUCCCCAGAGAUCCGGACAAAGACAGCCCUAAUAUUUAUGUUCCAGAUGGUGAUCUGUUUGAAAUACAAACCUUACCGAACAUUGGUAAUGGUUUGGAUAUUAACUACAUUCUGGAUAGAGACGGUUGCUAUUUGGGACUCAUCCAAAGGAAGGAGAUCACACGUCUGGACGCCAAGUAUAUGAUUCGCGUAGCGGAGGAGCGAGGGCUGUUCGGAGCUGCGCCCGCGCCGAGGAGGAGACGGCCCGAGCCACCUCCACAGACCACGCGUGUUAGGAGGAGGAAGAAUAACACGUUUGAGGUGGGGCGUGUAUCAGCGCCGACCUACGCAUCAAUGUCUCGCUCUCGACGCAGUUCAGCGCCGGCGUGUGUUGUGGAAGAAUGUCCUGUGAGGGUCUGUUCUAGACACGCUCGGCGCCACGCGGCCGCUACAGCCUUCACCACAGCCUCCUGCACUUGUGAUGCCAGGCACAAGACCUACAAGACUCGCCGCGUUUCGGAUGUGACGUCAGUGCGCCCUCCCUCCCCGCCGUGCAGACAGCCCUUCCCCCUCGCCGUACACGACCUACGCCUCAAGAUGAAGCCACAGAACCUACCAAUAUAA